AUGUCCAAAGAACUUGUUGAAUCCUUCAAUGCUCUGCCUCGCAGGGCAAAAAUACCGUCUAAACGAACCUCCAAUGAGUGGCAUUUCGACGUUCGAUACAUUCAAAUUGAACCCAAUCCAUCCCACGUUGUCUACUUUCUCCAACCUCACUCGCAGCUCACGCAUAUGGAGAGGUUGCCUAUCGGGCUAGCUACCAAUCAAGAUGGUCUUGAUUUUUUUCCUGAGACUGCAAAGGAUUCUGCGCCGGUUCUCGCCAAAGGCAUUCUCCAUGCUUUCGUCAACAAUAUAAGCAAGAACGACAUGCAUCCCAACACCUCUGAGCCAUACGCUCCGUGGAAGCUCUCGACAAAUGACAGGUCUCUGGCUACUGCCGUUGGCAACGAAUUGAAGCGUUUGGGUGUUCUCCCUGAAGCGCUAUGCAACAUCGUCUUUUGCGGUGAUACGCACAUCCGACUCGCUCAGGAAGCGUUUGACCGAGAUUUUCAACGUCUUAAGGUCGCACGCGGGUUGCAGGGAAUUGUAGCCGCUGCCAUUCGAACCCCGGAAUGCAUCGGCUUCAGCAACUAUCAAGUUCCUCCUGCUUUAAGGCCCGUAUCCAGUGCAGCAGCUGCACUGGACGCCGAAUUGACCGACGAAAUCAGACACAUGAAUCACAUUCUACAAUACAUCCAAGUCUGGCAGAAGGGCCUGCCUUCGGAAGGUGGAGAAUAUGAUUCCUCAAAGUUCGGCGACGUUGUGUACAGUGAGAUGGAAAUUAUCAAAGCGCGCCUCGAGGAGAAACCAGAGAGCGUCAUUAACGCUGCCGCUGAUCGUGGUGAUGCGGAUGCAGCCUUGGACUAUGGCAUUAGGCUCACAGUUGGUUUGGGAUGCAAAGCUAAUCGCAAACGCAGUCGCGAAUAUCUUAUCAAAGCCGCAUAUUCCCCUAAUGCAUCUCCCAUGGUCCAACAAAUGGCGCAUGCUAUCCUCAUCCAGUGGUAUAUGGAGAAUGUGGACGGGUCUAUUCGUUCUCGUUACUUAUUUGCCGCGUCUCAUCAUUGCAAUAUCGCAGCAAGAUUGUGCACCACUCUGUCCCCAGCACAAUCACCUGCGUCCCCCGCUAUACUUUGGUUCAUGUCCAAAACUUUUCACAUGAUGGCCGAUAGAUAUCCAGAACUUUACUACUGGUACAAGGAUGCCGUUCGGGCAUUUGAAGCACGAGAGAAAGAAGUGCAACAGGCCAGGGAAAAAAUGGUAAAGAAAAGAUUGAAACAUACGACUCGUUAUCGUUGCGCCGCUCCAAAUUGUGAUAUUGAGGCAGACACUGGCUCUAAGCUAUCUCGUUGCUCAGGUCCCUGUGACGAAGACAAAAAACCUUAUUACUGCAGCAAGGAGUGUCAAAGGGAAGAUUGGAAAAAUCACAAGCCCUUCUGUCGCCCUGGAGCCGAGUGUUCAAUCAUUGAUAAUGGCACUAAACUUGACAUCACCUCUACGGCUCCUAUAAACAAGUCUGAGGAUGGCGCUCUGCAAGUCCCUAUUACCAUUCCAAACGGCGAGACAGUGAUGUUAUCAUCCUCAAGCAUGGACGCUAAGAUGUUGAAGGAAAUUCAAGAUCUCAGCCUGAAAAGGAAUAUUAGGCACCGCUGA